AUGGAUCCACUUCAAGAGACUGUCAAAGAAAUUCGUUGGAAUGUUCUUGAAGGCUUAUCUAAAGUUGCUCGAUUUUCUCGUGAUACUGCUGCAACUAUUUUAGAACAUCCGUACGCGCGUCCUAUUCUCCCACACCUUCCUCCAGUUGUCAAUGAUUUUGUUCAACCAGAGCAAAAUCGUUCUUAUUAUGAAUACGAUGCAGGCAGGGUAUAUCUCGCCAAAUGGGCUUCAAGUAUUGCUGAUCAAGCUGAAGAGGCCAGCAGAGCAGAACGUUCAGAGGGGUAUGAUGAAGGUUUAUCUGAGCGUCGGAGAAGGCGGUGGUCCGAUAGUGAACCAAAAAGAUGGGAUGAAGAGACGGAGGUGGGAGCUUUUGAAGUUUUAAAUGAUGACAUAACAUUACCUCCAUUACAUGCAAUACGAACUGAUCCUAUUAAUGCAGAAAAAUGGUUUUCAUUCUUUGACACAGAAGGGAGACUCAAGGUCGAAUUAAAUGAAGUACGGGAGGCAGUGUUUCGCGGAGGUGUCGAAAAUGAUAUUCGUAUUGAAGUGUGGAAAUUUUUUUUGGGAAUAUAUCCAUGGGAUUCUAGCCGAGUAGAAAGGGAAAAUUUAUUAGAGGCAAAGGCGCAACAAUAUUGGGCAUUAAAACGAGAAUGGUGGGAUUCACCUGAAGUUCUAAACAGUGAUGACUUUAAAGAACAAAAGAUUCGAAUAGAAAAAGAUGUCAUCCGAACUGAUCGUACCAUGGAAUUUUUCGCCGUAGAAGAUAUGCCGCAUCCUGAUCCUUUAAUUUCUGCGUCUUCAAAAACAACAAACAAAAAACUUGAGUCAAUGAAAGAUAUUUUAAUGACAUAUCAUUUUUAUAAUAAGGACCUUGGAUAUGUACAAGGAAUGAGUGAUUUACUGGCACCCGUAUUUAUUGUCAUGGAAGAGGAAGUCCCAGCAUUUUGGGCAUUCGUAGGAUUUAUGGAGCCUAUUCUAGAUAAGCAUCGGAUGGUAAUAAUCGAAUAUUUAAAACAAUUCGACGAAAUUUUAAAAUACGUAAAUGAUUUGUCAAUGACAAUACCCGUAGAUGAAACUCUACUACGAGCCGAAACGCUUUUUCAUCAAUUUCAACGAAAGGUUGAGAUAAUUGAUCGAAAACGACAAAGUGUGGAGCAGGACAAUCAAAAUACAAAUGGAUCUUUACGAAGAAGAGUUGGUGAGUCUGUGGUACAAAAUGGCGCUACCGACGAAGGAUCUAGUUCAGAUACUGUUGCGGCGGUUGAUAAAUUACCAGUCAUAAGUGAUUUGUUAAGGGAUUUACUUGUUGAAUAA